UAAUAGUAAGACCAAGCUUAUGGCCUCAGUACCGAGCUAGUGGUAGAUCAUAUCUUCCUGCUACUUUUUUCACAAUGUCUCCGAGGGAAAAGGAGUUAUUUUAUGAAGUACUACAAAAUGCCAAGUUUCCAGAUGGCUAUGCGUCUAAUAUCUCACGUUGCUUUCGCAAACGAAAGAUAUCUGGGCUAAAAACUCAUGAUUGUCAUGUUUUAAUGCAAGAACUUCUUCCUCUUGCCUUGCGGAGAUCAGUAGAUAAAAGAGUUAGUUCAAUUUUAAUUGAACUAUGCACAUUCUUUCGUGUUCUGUGUAGCAAAGAGAUAAAACUAGAAGAGUUAAAGUUACUUGAAGAAAACAUUCUAGAAACAUUGUCUACUAUGGAAAAACUCUUCCUCCCAGGAUUCUUUACUGUUAUGAUACACUUGGUAAUUCACUUGGCAACUGAGUCUAAAGACGCGAGGCCAGUACAUUAUCGCUGGAUGUACCCAAUUGAGAGGUUUUUGGGUACUUUAAAAUCAUAUGUUCGUAAUCGUGCAUGUCCAGAAGGUUUAAUAGCAGAAGCAUACAUAGCAAAUGGGUGUAUGGUAUUUUGCUCACGAUAUUUGGAGGGUGGAGAUUCAGGUCUUAUUGUUCAAGAAAAUGCAGUGAUGAGAUUGAGCAUGAGACUAGUAAAGAAGAAUGUCUUUUUCCUACUGUUGGAGAGUCGUACGGUGGAGUAGAUGUAUUUGAGUUGGAUGAGAAAACAUGGUUGCAAGCACAUCGGUAUGUGCUUUUCAAUUGUGAGUCAGAAGUCGUUGAGAAUUAUAAAAAGGAACAUAUUGUUGAAAUUAAAAGAGCACAUCGUAAGCAUCGUUUGACACAACAUCAACUUGACCGUAUGCAUUUCGAUACAUUCCAUGAGU